GCUGACAAAAGAGGGGAAAGAGACCAGUGAGCUGCUCUGUGCGUCAGGACGCACAAGACAACCGCAUAUGGCCCGUGUAGUUUCCUCAUUUCAACCGUCGAGCAAGAGGCAGGCGAAGAGUGGACAGUGUGUGGAAAUAGCAUGAAGAGGGGCACAUCAGACACUGAAGAGUCWGAUUUGCUUUGCACGCAGACGUUUUGCGACGGUGGCACGUUCGCUCAUGUGCACACCUUGUGAGCAGCCGCGGAGGAGACAGCACGGUUACUUCUUCGGUUUAGUGAACUCUCCUUUGUAGUUUUAACAUUGCUGUGGUCGUCAGCAAGGCUGUAAUUUAUAUGUCAUCGUUGUUUUUACCCAGGACGAUGGCGUCGUCGCUGUUAUUUAUCCUGAUGCCCAGACGGGCGCUUUUUCGUCACAACUGGUCCUGUCCUUAAGGAUUUUCCACCACUGCCUUUUUUAUUUUCAGUCAGGUGGAUCUUUCCUCCAAUCUUUUGUUUUUAUCUUACCUUAUUUUCUCUCCGGUUUGACUGUAAGAUAGCAGCCUUUUAAAUUUUUUUAUUCCUAUGCAUCCGCAUGAAGACAACACCAGAAAGGAGAAAACGACUGAAAACCGAAGGGGGAGAAAAGGAGACGAUUGAGGAGGGAAACGAGAAUGAAUGAGACACACUGAGCAGCCAAGGAGAAGGAGAUUGGAAUCAAGGGUCACCCUCGGGGAAGGUGUAAGCUGAGGAAAGUGCCAGUCCACUCACCUGUGCCUGCUGACCACCUCUGAGCUUUAGCACCAUCCCCUGCUCUGCCCUCUGCUCAGCUUCAAACAUGGCUCUUACGGUUUGGAUCUUCCUCACGUCUGCUGUGGCUUUUAGCAACAUUGCUCCAUCCUCACAGGCUCUGGGCAGAUCAAUGAUGCCCUUUGGUUUGAUGCGUCGGGAGCUGGCAUGUGAAGGCUAUCCCAUCGAGCUGCGCUGCCCUGGAAGUGAUGUCAUCAUGAUUGAGACGGCCAACUACGGCCGCACCGACGACAAGAUCUGCGACGCAGACCCCUUUCAGAUGGAAAAUGUGCAAUGCUACCUGCCUGAYGCCUUCAAGAUAAUGUCACAGAGGUGUAAUAAUCGCACUCAGUGUGUGGUGGUCGCGGGGACGGACGUGUUCCCAGACCCCUGCCCAGGGACCUACAAGUAUUUGGAGAUCCAGUAUGAGUGUGUCCCCUACAAAGUGGAUCAAAAAGUAUUUGUGUGCCCGGGAACACUGCUGCGGGUGCAGGUGCCCAGCUCUCAGCAGGAGGCAGAGCACCAGGCGGGGGCAUGGUGCAAGGACCCUCUGCAGUCUGGGGACCGUCUGUUCGUCAUGCCCUGGACCCCCUAUCGCACUGACAUGCUGUAUGAGUAUGCUUCCUGGGAAGACUUUAAACAGAACAAAGUCACCACCACCUACAAGCUGCCUAACAGGGUGGAUGGUACAGGGUUUGUUGUGUAUGACGGUGCAGUGUUUUACAACAAAGAGCGCACACGAAACAUAGUCAAGUACGACCUACGGACACGCAUCAAAAGCGGUGAAGCCAUUGUCACAAACGCCAACUAUCACGACACCUCUCCGUACCGCUGGGGAGGGAAAUCGGACAUUGACCUGGCUGUGGAUGAGAAUGGUCUGUGGGUGAUUUACGCCACGGAAUCCAACAAGGGACGACUGGURGUCAGCCAGGUCAAUCCGUACACGCUGCGCUUCGAAGGCACCUGGGAGACCAGCUUCGACAAGAGGAUGGCGUCCAACGCCUUCAUGGCCUGCGGGGUGCUGUACGCAGUGCGUUCCGUCUACCAGGAUGAUGACAGCGAAGCCGGCGGCGACCUGGUGAUGUACGCCUACAACACCAACCACGCACGCGAGGAACCCGUCAACAUCCCUUUCCCGAACCCGUAUCAGUACAUCUCCUCUGUGGACUACAACCCUCGAGACAACCAGCUUUAUGUGUGGAACAACUACAACGUGCUGCGCUACCCGCUGGAGUUUGGACCACCAGAUCCCACCACUGGGCCUCUGACCACUACCCAAGUGACCACCACUCCUCCAUCAAGGCCGUUCACCUCCAGUGCCAGUCCCUCCACUGUCCGCCCUCUUGCUCCCACCUCACGACCAAUUGGCCCCAUCAACAAGCAUCUAGAUCUGCGUCCAAUCACAGCCACCGUGCCUGUCACUCGUCGCACACCUCGCCCUCCACAAAACCCAGAACGACAUUUUUGUGAGGCUAAGCUGGUCCGUGGCAUCCAGUGGCCCACCACCCAACGAGGAGAAACAGUGGAUCGUCCAUGUCCCAAAGGAUCUCUAGGCAUUGCCUCGUUCCAGUGCUUGACGGAUCAGGUCAUUUGGAACCUGCGGGGUCCUGACCUGAGUAACUGCACCUCCCCAUGGGUCAACCAGGUGGCACAGAAGAUAAAAAGCGGAGAGAAUGCUGCUAAUAUAGCCGGUGAACUGGUGAACCACACAAGAAGCCGGAUCCAAGCAGGAGAUGUUAUCUCUUCUGUCCGACUGAUUGAGCAGUUGUUGGAUGUGCUGGAUGCUCAACUUCAAACCCUAAGGCCUGGAAAAAAGGAGUCAGCAGGUCGAAACUACAACAAGUUCCAGAAGCGAGAGCAGACAUGUCGGGCAUUCAUCCAGGCGGUGGUCCAGACCGUGGACAACUUGCUCCGCCCUGAGUCUCUGGAGUCAUGGCAGGACAUGAACAGCACAGAGCAGGCUCACACUGCCACCAUGUUACUAGACGUCCUGGAAAAAGCAGCCUUCCUGUUGGCCAACAACAUGUAUGGCAAUCGCUUUUCAGACCGAGCCCCCAGUGUUGAUCUGGAGGUGCACGUCGUCAACACGGAGAUGGAGCUGCAGGACUUGUCCUUUCCUCAGAACUACGCCAGCGACAGCACCAUCCAGCUCUCAGCCUCCACCAUCAAACAGUACAGUCGCAACGGACAAGUAAAAGUGGUGUUCAUUUUGUACAAGAAUUUGGGAUCUUUCCUGUCCACGGAGAACGCGACAGUGAAGAUGGAAACGGACGGGCCGAGCUUGGAGAGGAAAAGCCUGGCCGUCAACUCGCACGUGAUCGCCGCCGCCAUCAACAAAGAGUCCAGCAGAGUGUUUCUCACUCAGCCCGUGAUCUUUACACUCAAACAUCUUCAGAUGGAGAAUUAUUACACUCCGAAUUGCUCCUUUUGGAACUACCCCGAGCGCUCCAUGACGGGCCAGUGGUCGUCGCAGGGCUGCAAGCUGCUGGAGACCAACAGCACACACACCACCUGCUCCUGCAGCCACCUCACCAACUUCGCCGUGCUCAUGGCUCACCACGAGUCCGACGACCGGAUGCACGAACUGAUCCUUUUUGUGAUCACCUGGGUGGGCAUUGUGAUCUCCCUAGUGUGUCUGGCCAUCUGCAUCUCCACUUUCUGCUUCCUGCGGGGUCUGCAGACCGACCGCAACACAAUCCACAAGAAUCUCUGCAUAAACCUCUUCAUUGCGGAGCUGCUCUUCCUCAUAGGGAUCGACAAGACGGAAUACCAUAUUGCCUGUCCAAUCUUUGCUGGCCUUCUUCAUUUCUUCUUCUUGGCUGCCUUCUCCUGGAUGUGUCUGGAGGGUGUGCAGCUCUAUCUCAUGCUCGUGGAGGUCUUUGAGAGCGAGUACUCACGCAAAAAGUACUACUAUCUGUGCGGCUACUGCUUCCCCGCUCUGGUGGUGGGCAUCUCCGCAGCCAUAGACUACAGGAGCUAUGGGACCAAGAAAGCAUGCUGGCUGCGAGUAGAUAACUACUUCAUCUGGAGCUUCAUUGGACCUGUUUCAUUUGUUAUUAUGCUCAAUCUUGUUUUUCUCAUGAUCACGCUACAUAAGAUGAUCCGCAAUUCUUCAGCACUCAAGCCUGACUCCAGUCGCCUGGAUAACAUAAAGUCAUGGGCUCUGGGAGCCAUCACCCUGCUCUUCUUGCUUGGACUAACGUGGGCUUUUGGUCUUCUCUUUAUCAAUGAGAACACAGUAAUCAUGGCCUAUCUGUUCACCACCUUCAAUGCCUUCCAGGGAAUGUUCAUUUUCAUCUUCCACUGUGCUCUGCAGAAGAAGGUCCAUAAGGAGUACAGUAAAUGUCUGCGUCACUCCUACUGCUGCAGCCGCACUUCCACCAGCAGCUCCCACGGUUCCCUGAAGAACUCCGGCCUGCGUACCAACAACCGCUACUACAGCGGCAGCCAAGCUCGCCACGCAGCUGCCCACAGACAGAGUCGGAUCCGUAGGAUGUGGAACGACACGGUUCGAAAGCAGACAGAAUCUUCCUUCAUGGCGGGAGAUAUAAACAGCACCCCGACACUCAACCGAGCAACCAUGGGCAAUCACCUUCUGACGAACCCGGUGUUACAGACUCGCUCUGGCACCUCUCCGUACAACACUCUGCUGGCUGAAAGCUUCACCCCGCCCUCACCUGGAGUCUUCAACUCUACAGGAACCUUCCGUGACCCAAAGAGUACACUUUCUAAACCCCGUGACCCCUGUGGAAUGGAAACCCUUCCUUUAAAUGGUAACUUCAACAACAGCUACUCCAUGCGCAUCGGCCCRUCAGGUGGAGGUGGGGGCAGCUGUGACUUUUUAAGUGGCGAAGGUGGAGACAGCCCCCCGCCCAUGUUCAAYCCUCGUAGCUCCGAAACCCUGGGAGGCGGAGGCAACCGGCGAAACCUCCCUGACGCGGCGGCCUUUGAGAAAAUGAUCAUCUCUGAGCUCGUGCACAACAACCUGAGAGGCGGUGUUGGUGGAGGCGGUGGAGCUGAUGUAGGGGACAGAGCGUACAGCAGUUUGGUCAGGGGACAUCCUCACGGUGGGAUCGGUCGGGGCACAACUGUCCCAGGGCCGGAGUCGUCGGUGAGCAUGGACGAAGACRAUGAAUUUCUUAGCGACGGGCGGCAGCGAACGCCGCAGGAUGUAGAGCUGCUUUAUAAAGCUCUGGAGGAACCCCUCCUGUUGCAGCGUGCCCAGUCYGUACUCUACCAAAGCGAUCCGGAGGAGUCUGAGAGCUACACGGCUGACCUUACAGAGAGCCUCGGCCACAGCGGCCACAGUGGUCAGAGCGGUGGUGGGCAGGGAGGCAGCAGAGCAGCGGAUUCCCCAGCCCACGACUCCCUGUACACCAGCAUCACCAACCUGCGAGACUCACCCUACCCUGACAGCAGCCCGGAGCCGCUGGAGGUUGUGCCCCGCUCAGCCCAGCCCCCAGAAGAGCUGUACUAUAGUUCUGGGAGGCCUGCCUUGGGCUCUCGUGGGGCUCCUAUGCAGACCUUCUAUCAGGCCCCACCUCAAAGACCGAGUGGGGAGGGACACCAGGCUCAGGAGCCURUCCACAGUGAGGGAGACGGACAGAUGCAACUGGUCACCAGCCUGUGACUGGAGCCUGAAGCAGGAAGCUGGAGACAAAUGUGAUGGCCAGACUCUCCUCCCGGCCGGUCUCUCUCUCUCGUGUGUCUCCRCUUUCUGUUUGUUUGGUUGCCUUUCUUUCUCUUGACUUUUAUUUAACUUCACAUAYGAGCGAACAGAGUGAUGUUCUGGGGGAGAGAUUGCUGACUCUGCAGCCUUUAUCGUCAACUCUCCCCCAUCACGAGGAGAUGAAUGAUGAGUGUUUUUUUAGGCAGAGUGUUCGUUACCUCUGUCGAACCUCAGCCAUCUCUAGUUUUCAGUACCCUAAGGCCAAGUCCAGCACACUGAAUGUACCAUUCCACACCCCCCCCCCCUUUACCUUGAGAUAUUUUCAAACUUUGAAUCUUGGUUGAAUUUUUUUAUGCAAUUUCCUCUCAGACCUGCCUCCGGAGAUGGGGAUAUUGUUUUAUAUUUUGUUCUCUUUUUUUUUUCUUACCAUCUUUAGAAUUUUUUUUUCCAAGUUAUCAUUUGAUAGGGGUAUUUAGCUGUGGAGACAGGAAAUAUUAUACACUGUUAUUACCUGAAACGUCUCACAGAGAGCUCUUCGUUGUUGCCAAAAAUAUCUUUUAUUGAGCCAGAACAAAAACUAGAACAUCCACAAGGCUAACACACACACACACACACACACACACACACACA